AUGAUAACCAGCGCUAGGAAGGCAAGGAGAUUCCGAAACUCUGUCCGGGACGUUGUAUACACGCGCAACUUUUUGGCGGCCGUCCACUUGCGGACCGUCGUUGUGUUCGGCCGGAACGCGGUGUCGGUCGUCCGCGGUGCCGAACUUAAACGUCUCAGGGCCCCGAGGUACGUAGUGCGUAAGACCUGUUUGUAUGUGGUAGUAGUUGAUCGCCGGCCGUGUACAUAUGAUAAUCGCGUACGCAAAACACUGCACGGAACUAUUUCGGAAAUACGAGGAAGUCGACGCGAACGAGGAAGUGUGAUCAGAAAUGGGAAACGUCAUCGACGUGCGCAAGAAGUUUCCGUAUUCGUCGACAUGAGUUCGAACGAACUCGUUGCCGCCGUCGCAAAACCGCAGCAACACCUAACCAGGCACACUGCAGCAGCUACGGCGACUUUUCGAGCGUGAAUAUUGCGAAUGGGAAAUAACGAGCUGCGAGGGAACAAGUUUCGACAUUGUUAUGGUAUUAUAUUGAAUGUAUACGUAUAUAUACGUACUUUCGCCACCCGCCGAACGUCCGCCGGAUGCAAAGAGCAAGAGCAGCGCAUCAUAUUAUUAUAAUAUAUUUUAUGCCUAUGUAUAAUGUAUUCGUGUACGUUACAAUAAUAUAACAUUAUAAAA